GUCCAAAGAUGAAAUCCUCGUUUCAAAUUGUACCGCUGCGGAAUUAACCAUUCACAUCUCUCUCUCCAAUCAAAAGAGUCGUGCUGUGAUUGUGCACUUGAUGCAUAUAUACAUACUGGAAUUGCAAUGCUGGGUAGAGCACUGGUAGAUUUUGCACAAAAUGGCUUGCAAGUUGUUCUUCUUUUUAGCUCUUCUUGUUUGUGGGGGAGUUGUGAUAGUGAAUGGGGCUGAGUGUUUUGGAAAUCCCAAUCCAGGCUAUUCUGUCCAGCAAUAUCAACAAGCUGCUCAAAGGAUUUGCAAUGGCGGGUUCUCUGAUUUCAGCCUUGACUUGGGGCAAUUGCCUCAUAGCCAGUUCCGGAUGGUGAUCCAGGCACAUUGGGACGGCAACAGCAAGCAACAUUGCUGGGGUGCCUUCAACAAUAUCAUUAGCCAAUGUGUCCAGGGCGCACGUUGGAACGGUGGGCGCUGGGAUUGGGUUUUCAAUGGUCAACUUGAACACUACUAUCUUCAGGCUUUUUAAGCAUUUCUUGCAGGAUUGUUCAAGCUGCCAGUAAAACAUUUCAAAGGCGCCCGAAUUGGAUCUUCGGUUUCAAGCUUUUUAAGCAUUUCUUGCUUGAUUGUUCAAGCUGAAUAAGCAUACCAAAAUUUAUAACGACAAGCUGCUUGGUUUUAGCA